AUGGCUGGCGAGCGUGGGGGUGCGGCACUUGGGGCUCCUCUGGGUGGAGAUGAAGCAGACGGCGCGCAGGCCGAGGAAUGGAACACGGAUGGCGGAACUCAGGAGAGCGGCGCAAGCAGUGAAAGCGAGGCGCCUGCACGGAAGCGGCGACGCGUUGGGCGCAACCGACAGAUGUACGACUCCGAUGAUUCGGAUUACGAUGGGUCUCCCCCCCAGGUGGCGGUGGGCGAUAGUGCGGCUGGCAGAGCAGCGGCCGCAACCGCGCGCGCGGACGAGAGCGGGGAUGGGUCGCAGAGCAGCGUCGAGUUGGCAGAUGAAGGAUCUGCAGGUGGCGGCGAGGAACCAGACAUCGUAUACCUAGAGGCUCGCGGACCAGUGAGUGGCAGUGUGGUGGACGUGGAGGCAGAGGCGCGCCUGCAGCAAGUGGUGGAGAUACCGGACGAGGAGGUGGGCGAAGAACAGACCCGGCUCGGCGGAGACCGGCCGGUGGAGUGCAAGAAAGCAAUGGAUUACAAGUGCCCGAUCUGCUUUGACCCGCCGGAGGCAGCGCUGAUGACGCCCUGCGGUCACAUCUAUUGUACAGUCUGUUUGUUCCAGAUGGUGAACAGCUCGAGGGGCUACCGGCGCAACGGACAGUGCGCGCUCUGCAGGAAGGACGUGAAACUGAAAGAGGUCGGGCUAGUCGUGCUACGGAAAAAACGUGUGCGUAAGCAGUCUGCGGAAUGA